AUGGGAAUGGAGCAAUUUCGUCGCAAAUCUGUGCAAGGAAGACGAUCUGUAUCCGCACAGAACCCCCUGAUAGUAGUGGGUCAUCGAGGCAGACGAGGCCAGCGGCGACUUCCGGCGAAGACAAAACGGAGCCUUGACCAAAAUCACCAGAAAAUGGACGAAUUUAGGACGCACAUUUUAGCAGCCUUGAUCACGACGGUGAAUUUGAACAAAUCAGCCAGACAGUGGAUGCCACGUCAUGAAUACCGGGGAGCUAUAGCGCAACGCACAGCAUUGCAACGGAAGACAGGACGUGACGGAGCGAUGAAUGCACCACUACUGAAGAAGUUGUGUCCACACAUGAUGAAACAUCAUUAUGCGCUCAAUGGUGGUGUACAAUCGCAUCGAUGGGGUUUGGAAGAAGCAAUAAGGACGUCUUGCAUAAUGAGGCGAUACACUCCAAGUUCCUCAUCCGAGAUGCAAGCAGACAAAAUACGAGUAGCCUUACCAUGCAAAAAGGGCGCAGACAAGAUGCAUGAGAGGCAGAUUGAAUCUGGAGAAGUGGAGCCGGAUGGGAUGUCAAGGCAUAAUUCACGGCAGGGUUUAAAUCAGGGAUUGGAGCCAGCUGGCACGAAUGGGCAGUUUGUCGGGGACGCCAUUGUGAUGAUCUUUGCUCCAGUGAGCCUCGGAAAACAUCGCGCGUAUAGGAGAAGCAAGGAAUGCUAG